CGACGAUGCAGGUACAAGAAACAGUUGAUAAAUGACAUUUCUGUUUAUUGUUUAUUUUUUAAAAUUUAAAAAGCUACAAAUUUAGCUACUAGGUAAACAACUUGGAAAUUUACCGCCUUUAGAAAACAUAGAAUUGCAAAAUGCUUUCAUCAAUGGUAAAGGAACAUCACACCAAGCAAAGUGUCAAGAAACAAAUUCAAGAAACCAAACGAAAGGAGGCAUGUGCUGCAGCUAGUGAUUUAACUCAGGCUCUUGUAGACCAUUUGAAUGUUGGGGUGGCUCAAGCCUAUUUAAAUCAAAAAAAGCUUGAUGCAGAAGCAAAGCAAUUACACACUAGUGCCUUAGCAUUUUCAAAGCAAACUCAACACUGGUUGAGUUUAGUAGAAUCAUUCAGUGGUGCACUCAAAGAACUAGGAGAUGUGGAAAAUUGGGCCAAAACAAUUGAAGGUGAUGUAAGGACUAUUACUACAGCAUUAGAAAUUGUUUAUAAAAGUUCGCAGGAUCAGAGCAGUAGUAGUCAGUAACAGUGUUUUAAGGUUCUGUCAAUUUUUUUUUUUGGGAAUGAAGUUGUUAGGUUACAGAUCACUUUAAAUUUUUGGAGCUUUUUUUUGUCCACAUCACUUCAAAAAAUUAAACUCCGUUUCUGGCUUAUCGGACGUUAGAUUAUUAGACUGAAACAUCGGCAUUGAUUUAAUAAUUAAAUAACCGUCCAAUAAGCCAGAAACUGUUUUUCAAUAUUUUUGUUAACUCAUCUCAUUUGCUUUAAAAAAACUUGUUCUGGACUAAGGUCUGGACGAAUUUCUAAUACUACAAGAAACGUUUCAAAAUAAACUGCUCCACAGGAGGUGAGGAUAUGGAUGCUUUCCUUGUAAAAAAAUCAAGGAACCUCUUUUUUUAUGUAGAUAUAAACUUUAGUAAAAUGAAUAAACAAAUAUCCCUAACUCUUGUGGUUAAACAUGAUAUCACCUGAAACGUUUAAACUUGUUGGGGAAGAUAAUUUAGGGUAAUUUAUCUGGAGAGUAUAUAAUACAUUAGGUAAAUUUAAAAACAAACGUAUAAACACUUUUUUGAAUAAAGAAUAGUUGGAUAUAUUUUUAAAAAAUAAAUACACGUGUCCUAAUGACAACUUUAAUGUGAUUUUUGUUUAGAAAAAUCUGGACCUAAUUUAUAAUUUAAUUUUGAAAUUUACUGGUUGAUUUACAAUAUUGAUUGCUUUAUUUAUUUAUUUAUUUAUUUACCUUUCAAUGGGUUGGGAACCCAUCCAAUAUUCACCGCUCAUGUAAGUAAUGUAUAUUGCUUUUUUUGCAUAGGAUUCACAAGAACAAUGCAUUUGAUUAUGAUAAUAUUUUUAUUCAGAAUUCUUCACAUAUUACAAUGAUAUUUUUUAUUUCUUGUACAAGAAGAAGUUGAAAAUUUCACGAGACAGCACAUCUCGGUUCUCCAGUGUCACCUAGAACAACAAUAACAAUAAUUGAAAAAAAAAUUAUCCAAUUCAAAGUAAAAUUUUUAAGGUUGUAAAAAGAACUGUCUUGGUAUUAUAAUGGAGAUAAUAGAAGGCUCAAAAGUACUGUCUCUAUAAAUGUAAAAGUUCUGUUAUUCUGGUGGUUAGUGUAAGAUUUUGGCAAAUUUCUGUUUUUUUUCCAUCUUGAAAACAAAAAGUACAAAAAAAAGUCUUGACACAUUAUCAAAUUUAUAGAAAAUCAGUUUUUGCUAUGCUCCUUUUAUCGAAGCUAAGUUUAGGGAAACAUUUGGUUUUCAAUUCCAAGCUCAAGGACAGCAUUUUUUUUACACCUGAGGUCAGUUCUCACAAUAUUCUCUGACUGUUUGCAACCUAUCAGAAACAAUCGCUCAGCUAAGUUACCGACUUACCUUAGAAUGAUGGCAUUGAAAACAUGUUUGGGCUCUGGCAGUUUGCAAACUGUCAGAGACUCCUGUGAGAGCAGACCUUUGGACUUUCACGAAACGAAAAUUUUACUCACAUUUAUAACUUUGGUAUUAUUGUUCCUUUUCAGUUUUUCUACCAUUUCUGGUCCUUGAUUAGGAACAAUAGCCAAAACUUGAACAUUUUGUCUGUUAAACAACAAUGGUAUGGCUUCUUCAAAUUUUCUGCUGCAUAACUGCAUUCUUCCGAUUUCAA